AUGCUGAAAGGGAAGCUGCUGGGACUUCAUGGUGCAGCUCUCUGGGCCAUUCUUGCUCAUCACUGGACCUCCACUGCCCAGCCCCGGAACGUACUAGGCAGUUCGUAUCAAGAGAUACUGCUAACUUCAUUAUUUAAUGAACUGGGGGAGCUGGGCAGGGGAUUGUUGACUCACUAUCCAAAUUUAGAAGAAGGGCAAUAUGGAACAAGGAAAGAUAAGACUGGGGUGCCUGCCCUCCUCCUGUGCCACAGCCAAGUGGCUGCCCUUGCUUCCUCCAGGACGGACCUAAGCCCUUCUGCUGGGAGCCUGCAGCUGGAGCACAGGAGAGAUCUGGAGCACAAAAGGAGAGAUUUCACCUCUUGUGGGAACAAGAAGCUCUACUUUGGCACCCAUGCCUUAGUGUGUUUACUCGAAGAAAAUGGGUUCCCAACCCAGCAAGCGGGAAUCACUGCCUCUGCAUUGGUCAAGAUCAUGGACACCAACAUGGAUAUUGUCUACAAGGAUAUGGUCACCAAGAUGCAGCAAGAGAUCGCUGUUCAGCAAAUAAUGCCUCAGAUUGCUAAUGUGAAAAAAGGUAUUAUUUUGGAGAAGAGUGAAUUUUCAGCCCUCAGAGCAGAAAAUGAGAAAAUAAACCUUAAAUUACAUCAGUUAAGACAAGUAAUGGAUGAAGUAACCAAAGUCCAAACAGAUACCAAAUUAGACUUCAAUCUAGAAAAGAGCACAGUGCAAGAAUUGUAUUCAUUGAAUGAAAGGAAGCUGCUGGAAAUGAGGACAGAAAUGGUGUCAUUGCAUGCCCAGCAAGAUCGGGCUGUCACCCAAACAAACAGGAAGAUAGACACUGAGGUCACUGGCCUCAAAACCAUGCUGGAGUCUCACAAGCUCGAUAACAUUAAAUAUUUAGCAGGGUCUGUAUUUACGUGCCUAACAGUAGCUCUGGGAUUUUAUCACCUGUGGAUAUAAUAAAGUGCCUAUUUAAAGAGAGAGAAAAAAAAAAGAGUGGGGCGCCUGGGUGGUUCAGUCGGUUAAGCGUCUGCCUUCGGCUCAGGUCGUGAUCCCAGGGUGCUGGGAUCGAGCCCCAUGUCAGGCUCCCUGCUCAGCGGGAAGCCUGCUUCUCCCUCUCCUCCCAGCUUGUGCUCUCUCUCGCUGUCUCUGUAACUAUCUGUCUCUGUCUCUCAAAUAAAUAAAUAAAAUUUAAAAACAAAAGUCUUUAAAAAUUAAAAAAAGGUAAGAUUGCCUUUGCUGAGAUCAUAAUAUAAACUAACAUUUAUUAAGAAUCUUAUAAGCUUUAGGAGCCUUUAAACACAUUUAGUCAUUCCACAAACAUCUGAGCACCCACUGUGGGUCACAUACUAAGAACAUGCAUGUGGAUAAAACAGUGCUGGUCCUGGGGCGCCUGGGUGACUCGGUCGGUUGGCAGAGCCAGAGAGGCCAACCACACAUGUUGAGCAACCUCAGGAGAGGUAGGCCUAAGGCACCCAGAGGUGAAGUGACACCCGAGGCCACACUGUUACUACCUGACAGAGCUGAGGCUUGAAUCCUGGCGUGCCUGGUUUCAAGUAGCUCUUUUUUACAAAGCCAUCCUGCCCCAGGGAUCGCCUUAGACAAGGAGCCUGGAGUCCCUACGCAGGGGCCUUUCUUUUCAAUCAUAAGGCGGUGAGGCUGUUCUAUCCACAGAUGGGGCUUUGGUUGGCAGCUCUGUAAAUGAAAACACUGCCCUUUGCCCCGGGAGACUUCCUCUAGCUCUUUUAAGAAAAAUUCCUCUGCCUUCCAGUCCUUCCAGCCCUUGCCAAGGACCCUUCAGCCCUAGACUGAAUUACUGCUUGAUAGACGAGGUCAAUUUGGCAGCAGCUGGGUCCCAGAGUCUCGCAGAGCUGUGCAGUGACCGUGGUCAGUGGCCGGGCUAGGUCCGGAAGCUGCUGGCCCCUCUCCUGGGCUCCCUCCUCUGCCUGCCUGCUGUCCCUCCUGCUGGCUGGAGGGCAGACGGAACAGACAGGAAGAGCGCAAGACAGUCUGGUGGCCAAGCCACACACCGGCUCCUGUCUGGGCCUCUGUCCCUGUGUGUCAGGCAGCCAGGUCUUCAUGGGGCCCUGCCACCUCCCCAUCACACCCUGAGGAUGCUCCUUCCCAUGCAGAGUGUCUGCUCAGUGUCCACCUGCUGAAUUAUUGUCUAGCACAUUCGGUAGGGGGGUUUCUUUUAGAGUUCUUUGACCGGAUUUUAACACGUGUCUGGGAGUGAGGUCCCCAUACACAGCACCAAGCAUUUUGGACACUGUGUACCCGGAAAUGACAUCAGAUCCCACAGAUCGAGGGCUCAGUCUGACACAACUGCUUCCCCCACCUCUUCAGACACCAGUCACAAGCCCCAGGCUGUUAACGUGCGCUGCAGACUCAUUUGCUAGAGUGGCUCACAGAACCCAGGGAAACACCUAGUUUCAUUUAUCAGUUCACUAACGGAUAUGAUAAAGGAUACUAGACAUAGAGAUACCUGGGGCAAAGUCCUGAACAAAGGAGCUUCUGUCCUUGUGGAGCUCGGGGCCCUGCUCAAUGGCACAGGACAAUGGCCUGGUUCCCCAAGCUUUCUGAAACGAAGGAAAAGGACCCACAAGCUGUCCUUUUGGGUUUUUAUGGAGGCUUCAUGACGUAGUCAUGAUUGACCAAGUCAUUGGCCUUUGAUUGAUUCAACCUCCCCAGAGGUCAGGUGGAGGGUGGGGCUGAAGGUUCUGACCAUUUAGUCACAGGGUCAGUCCUCCUGCUCACCAGCUCCCACCCUCGGGUGGAUCCAAAAGUCACCUUCAUUAAUAACACGUCACCCAUAUCACCUUCACAGUUCUGGAGGAUUUUCAGGACUCGUGAAGACCAAAUAUAUCCGAGAAAUAUAUGAGUCAGCUGAAUGACCAAAUAUGUAUUUCUUAUAAAUCAUUAGAUCUCAGGGAUGUUGUGGGUUGAAUUGUGUCUCCCCAAAAGACAUGUCCGAGUCCUGACCCCUGGUACCUGUGAAUGUGACUUCACUUGGAAAUCAGAUUUGUGCUGAUACAUUGGAUAAGUUUGGACCCUCCAUCCAGCAACUGGCCCCCUUACAAGAAGAGGGAAAUCUGGCCACAGAGACAUGCACAAAGGGAAGACACACAGGGGGAGGGCCAUGUGAAAAUGGGGGCAGAGAUUGGAGAGAUGCAGCCAUAAGCCAAGGAUUGCCAACAAUCACCAGAAGCUGGGAAGAGGCAAGGUGGGAUCCUCCCCCAGGACUUGCAGAGAGGUCUGGGCCCUGCUGACACCUUGAUUUUGGAUGUCUAGCCUCUGAAACAGUGAGAGAAUAAAUUUCUGUUGUUUUAAGCCACAAAGUUUGUGAUAAUUUGUUACGGCAGCCCUAGGAAAUGAAUAGGGGAGGAGAGAGAGAGCUGACAAAAGUGUGCUGGUAGCAUGGAACCACAGAAAGACCUAGACAACCAGAGGUUCGCUUCUUAGCUGUGUAAAUACAUGCAGGUUACCUCCCCACUCCGAGCCUGGAUUUGUAUGUAGAAGCAGUCAGCAAUUUUAGGAGUUAGCUAGAGUCCUUGGCCCGAAGAGAAGAUGGGGCUGGUGGUGGAGAGAGGAUGAAGCUGAACACUGUCUUUUAUUUAUGUAUGUAUGUAUGAGAGAAUGAGAGACAGAGAGCAUGAGAGGGAGGAGGGUCAGAGGGAGAAGCAGACUCCCUGCCGAGCAGGGAGCCCGAUGCGGGACUUGAUCCCGGGACUCCAGGAUCAUGACCUGAGCCGAGGGCAGUCGCUUAACCAAAUGAGCCACCCAGGUGCCCGUCUUUUUUUUUUUUUUUAAGAUGUUAUUUAUUUAUUCGAGAGAGAGAGAGAACGCAUACACAAGCUGGGGGAGGGGCAGAGGGAGAAACAGACUCCCUGCUGAGCAGGGAACCCUGACUCAGGGCUCUAUCCCAGGACCCUGGGACAGGGCCAGGAUUUAACCCUGAGCUGCUGGACCACAAAGCCCCUUUUCUUAACUGAUGUGGGAAACAAAGGCAGAAGGAAAUGUAGAUAAAAUGAAAUAUCCUUAUAGGGGCGCCUGGGUGGCUCAGUCGUUAAGCGUCUGCCUUCGGCUCAGGUCAUGAUCCCAGGGUCCUGGGAUCGAGCCCUGCAUCAGGCUCCCUGCUCAGCAGGAAGCCUGCUUCUCCCUCUCCCACUCCCCCUGCUUGUGUUCCUUCUCUUGCUGUGUCUCUCUCUGUCAAAUAAAUAAAUAAAAUCUUAAAAAAAAGAAAUGUCCUUACAACCUGCAAAUUGAUUAUUUGUUCCCCAUUGUCAGUGUCUACCUGGGGCACCGGUGGGGAAAUCUGAAGCGGGCGGUGUUACGUCCGGGGGUUGUCCUUGACCUUGAGGGUAGAAGGAGCCAUGGCGCCCUAGGCAUUGAGGAUGCUAUAAGAACAGGUAUACGGGCUGCAGCCAAGGUGGUGCAGAAACAGGAGGAGAGGGAGGGGAACACAGAAGAGGUGAGGUGCUCCAGGAAGGCUGGAGGCGGAUAAAAGCCAAGAGGGCAGAGAAAGAGGUCCCCCAGUCCUACAGCCUGUCAGCUAGGACAAAUGAGCAGAUGCAGGUUUUUUCCACCAAGAAGUAGAAUUAGGCAGUCCAUGUCAGGCUAGAGAAGACAGGGAAUUUCCCCCAAACAAAGGGAAUUUCAGCGGCUGCUUGGGACUAUUCCUUAAAGUCCCCGUCCCAAAGUAGAAUAAUCGCAGUUGGCUCCAAUUAUAGCCAUUAACCCGGGAAAUGAGGGAGAAGCCCCCACAUAUGUUAGAAGGAACAGUAAGAGAGGCAGUGUCCCCUUCGUCAAGGAGGGCCUGUGUUUCCUCCAGCAACCUGGGUUUAUUCUGAGGAGGCAUAUUUAGAUAAUUAUCAUCCAACAUAUCAGAAGGGAGAUUACUGGUCUGGUUACAGACCAAACACAUUGUGCAAGAGGCCCUUAGGUCCAGGUCCUGAUUUAGAGCCCUGGAGCCCUGGAUGGUCCUAGGGUACCUCUGUCUGUUUGCCCUGUUUCCGGGAAAAGAGAUCUAAUUGAUAGAUCCGACUGAGGUUGUGCAGGGCCUUUCUUAAAUUUUGCAAUCUGAAUUGUUUCCAGGGGUAAAAGGCAUCCCAAGGGAGAAUCCUUGGGGACUCCCAUGGUCCUUGGGAACUGAAGACAAGGUCCAUUUCCAAAAAUCCCCCCUGACUCCCAGGUGACAUCCCACGGAAGUUAUGUCAGAGGUUCUGGGUGUUAAAAGCGAUCAGAGCGUGCCUCAUAUGAAAAUUGCUAUUAGGGGUGCCUGGGUGGCUCAGUGGGUCAAGCAUCUGUUUGAAACAGAGAGGGCAUCAAGUUUCUGGGUCUUAUUACCAUCCCAGCCAUGGUAUGAACUUAGAGGAUUGCAGCCUGAGCAGUCGGCAUGAAAAUGUUCCAAUAAGACCAUACUCUUUGAUCUGAGCCAAAGGCAGACGCUUAACCGACUGAGCCACCCAGGCACCCUGAUAAUUGCCACUUUCAUGGAGUUCAAAAUUUUAAAAAUUUCUCCCAACGCUUCUUCUUUGACUUAUGUGUUAUUUAGAAGUGUGUUUCCUCUCCAAAUACUUUGGAGUUUUCCAGCUAUCUUUUUGUUACUGGUUUCUACUUUAAUUCCAUUGAAGUCUGUGAGCAUAACUCUAGAGGAACAGAGUUAUAUAUCCUGGACAUUGCGCCUGUUAUGUUAUGAGGACUCUGGGUUCUGUGAUAUUCUCAAAAUGUGUUGAAAUUUUGUUUUAUUGGGCAAUUAACUUCAAACUCUGCUCUUGGAUGGCAGCCCAAAUCUCAGUUUAGUUUUGGGUUUGGUUUUUUUGUUUGUUUAAAUUUUUCCUCAGCUGAAGUUGCUUCCGUGCAUACGUGGUUCAGAGAUUGAACCACACCUAUCCACAGGAUCUGGGGUUGGGGCUCUCCCUCUUUGUGUCUCUCCUGUCUGGGGUUGCUCCUUCUACUUCCCAGUAGCUGUGGUUCAUCUGAAUUUGUCCUCUGGUUCCUUAGGUCAUAAAGACUGCAGGUUUUCUAUCUGUGCUAUGAUAACUGUAACCUGCUCUCAAGAUCAAAAAUAAAAAAUGGGUAACUUCCUCCUUGUCAUUCCCUAAUGCUCCAGAGUCUACUUGCUUUUAUUCAUUUCCCGGGGCCUUGAGGGUGUGUGUGUGGGGGGGGGGUGUUGUCAAGAGUUGUUAUCUGUGGGAGGGUUGUUCAGUAAGAUCUUAACUGAUUAUCCCGGAAGAGAAACUCCCCAAACCAACUCAUGGAGAGGUAACAUGGCCACCCAGCCAGCAAAUUGAAGAACUGACAUUCAAACCCAGGCCUAACCAGCUCCAGCCCCUGCAUGUACUUUGUAUUAUUCGGAUCUGUCUUCUAUUCCCCCAACUGAGAAUCCCAGAACUUCUGAUUGUUCAGGUGACAAUAAUGGGGCCUUCCAGAGUCUCUGACUUUCCCUUUGCACAAAAUCUAUCAAAAGUAAGAAGGGGAUUUUACUCAUGGUCUUUUUGUUUGCUUGUUUGCACAAUAUCUGUCCUGAGAAAGGGUGAUGACCCAAAUACAUCAGCUUUGAAGUUAGAGGAUCUGUGUUCUAAUCCUGCCCCUAAUGCCUGGGUGACCGUGGGCAGGUCGCUCCAAUUUCCUCAUCUGUAAAAUGGGGGAAACAAUGGUAUUGACCUCAAAAGCUUGUGGUAAAGAUUAAAUGUGCUACUUCACAUCAAGUUCCAAGUACAAUGCCUGACAUGUCGUAAGCACUCACUAGAUGAGACUGUCGGUCAGGGGUUCUUCCUAACCGGGGCCAAUUGGGCUGCUCUGUGAGGUAUUUUCUGGAGAGAGGAGGCAACAGGUCCCUGAGCUCAGGACCCCACAGAGAAGACACUGCUGACAUCCCUGA